CGCCGGGCGGCCUGGCCGGACAGGUCCCGCUAGAGCGACAUGAUGGUGGAAUCCGCCUCGGAGACAAUCAGGUCGGCUCCGUCUGGUCAGAACGGCGUGGGCAGCAUCUCCGGGCAGGCGGAUGGCGGCGGCGGCGGGGCUGGGGCUUCGGGCACCGGCGGAGGCGGCGCGGGCAGGGACACGGCUGCGGGCGCCGACAGCAACGGCGAGAUGAGCCCCGCGGAGCUGCUGCACUUCCAGCAGCAACAGGCUCUCCAGGUGGCCAGGCAGUUCCUGCUGCAGCAGGCCUCGGGCCUGAGCUCCCCCGGCAGCAAUGACAGCAAGCAGUCUGCGGUGCAGGUGCCCGUGUCGGUGGCCAUGAUGUCGCCGCAGAUGCUUACCCCCCAACAGAUGCAGCAGAUCCUGUCACCCCCACAGCUGCAGGCCUUGCUCCAGCAGCAACAAGCGCUCAUGCUCCAGCAGCUGCAGGAAUAUUACAAGAAGCAGCAAGAGCAGCUCCACUUACAGCUCCUCACCCAACAGCAGGCUGGGAAGCAGCAACCCAAAGAGGCACUGGGGAACAAGCAGCUGGCCUUCCAGCAGCAGCUCCUGCAAAUGCAACAGUUGCAGCAGCAGCACUUGCUCAACCUGCAGAGACAGGGGCUGGUCAGCCUGCAGCCCAGCCAAGCCUCAGGGCCCCUCCAGACCCUCCCGCAAGCAGCCGUGUGCCCGACGGACUUGCCCCAGCUGUGGAAGGGCGAGGGUGCCCCCGGGCAGCCCGCCGAGGACAGCGUCAAGCAGGAGGGGCUGGACCUCACUGGCUCAGCCACCACCGCUACCUCGUUUGCCGCCCCCCCCAAAGUUUCACCCCCCCUCUCCCACCACACCCUGCCCAACGGACAGCCCACUGUGCUCACACCUCGGAGAGACAGCUCCUCCCAUGAGGAGACGCCAGGCUCCCACCCCCUCUACGGACACGGAGAGUGUAAGUGGCCAGGCUGCGAGACCCUGUGUGAAGACCUCGGCCAGUUUAUCAAGCACCUCAACACAGAGCACGCCCUGGAUGACCGGAGCACAGCCCAGUGCCGGGUGCAGAUGCAGGUGGUACAACAGCUGGAGAUCCAGCUCGCCAAGGAGAGUGAGAGGCUGCAGGCCAUGAUGGCGCACCUGCACAUGCGGCCCUCCGAGCCCAAGCCCUUCAGCCAGCCGCUGAACCCGGUCCCUGGCUCCUCCUCAUUCUCCAAGGUGACCGUGUCUGCAGCAGACUCCUUCCCAGAUGGCCUCGUGCACCCCCCCACCUCGGCCGCUGCCCCUGUCACCCCCCUACGGCCCCCCGGCCUCAGCUCUGCCUCCCUGCACAGCGGGGGCCCCGCCCGGCGGAGGAGCAGCGACAAGUUCUGCUCCCCCAUCUCCUCAGAGCUGGCCCAGAAUCACGAGUUCUACAAGAACGCCGACGUCAGGCCCCCCUUCACCUACGCCUCCCUCAUCCGCCAGGCCAUUCUGGAAACCCCCGACAGGCAGCUGACCCUGAAUGAGAUCUAUAACUGGUUCACCAGGAUGUUCGCCUAUUUCCGGAGAAACACUGCCACCUGGAAGAUGGCCUCAAUUCCUGAAGUUACCCUGCCAGGAGGAGGUGGGAGCGACAAGAAUGCUGUGCGGCACAACCUCAGCCUGCACAAGUGCUUCGUGCGCGUGGAGAACGUCAAGGGCGCCGUGUGGACCGUGGAUGAGCGCGAGUAUCAGAAACGGAGGCCGCCAAAGAUGACGGGAAGACCUGGAUUCAGAUGCACGUCUGCGUCUCACUGGCUGGGUGAGCUUGGGAGCCCCACCCUGGUGAAGAACAUGAUCUCGGGCCUCAGUUACGGAGCACUUAACGCCAGCUACCAGGCCGCCCUGGCCGAGAGCAGCUUCCCCCUCCUCAACAGCCCUGGCAUGCUGAACCCGGGCUCCGCCAGCAGCCUCCUUCCACUCAGCCACGACGACGUGGGCGCCUCCGUGGAGCCGCUGCCCAGCAAUGGUAGCAGCAGCCCCCCUCGCCUCUCCCCACCCCAGUACAGCCACCAGGUGCAGGUGAAAGAGGAGCCGGCCGAGGCAGAGGAAGACCGGCGGCCAGGCCCCGCCCUGGGCCCCCCCAACCCCAGCACCGCGGGGCCUCCAGAAGACAGGGACCUGGAGGAGGAGCUGCCAGGAGAGGAACUGUCCUAAGGGCCUCUAGGGGCAGGCAGGGCAGGGGUGAGACCCCUCCCUCCGGAACCCAGGCCCCACCUACCCCCACUCCUCAGCCCCGCCCAAACCUCAAGGCACUUCCAGGACUCAGAUGGGGGGGGGGGGGGGGGGAGGCUGGGCCAGCAACUCCCAACGUGACCUGACUGACAGACGCUCGGGGGCAGCGACGGUCCUGCCCCCGAGGGGACACCGAACCCCUGGUCUGGGACCGGCAGAGGAAUCGGAGGGCCCAGACCCUUCCUCAGACCCUCCCCUACAUCU